UGCUGUCAGUUGAAUCUUGCUUGCAGUCGAGAGUAUUUAAUUGCCAUCACCACACACUCAGCCUAUUGAAUUUCUUCCCAGGCAGUCAGUGUGUCAGUUACAGAAAGAAAAUAUCGGUGUCGAGACCAUUCUCAAAACUUUAGCAAAAAUGAUAUCUUACGAGCAAGCCAAAAAACACUUGGAAAAUGUACUGAAGUUACCGGCAGACUGGGAAAUUACUUUGCAGAAGGACCCACUAGAGUUCCUUGGCCUGUACAUGAGACACCACGCCACCAGAAUACCGUUUCAGAACGUGACAUUGGCAGCUGUGGAGAAACCAAAACGCGUCAGACCCACGGAAGAAGAUAUCGUUACUCAAGGGCUUACGGGAGUCGGUGGCUGCUGCAUAAAUUUAAAUUUUUUUACAAAAAUUCUACUGGUGGCUGUAGGACUGGAUGCCUUUGCUAUUCAAGGGACUCACAACUGUGCCCCUGUCGAUGGAACACAUUGCAUGGUUUUAGUCCGCCUUAAGGACGGAAGUUUGUACAUGGUCGAAGUUGGUGGCGCUUUUCCGAUCUUGGAACCAAUCCCCAUGCAAAAUCUACCUUUCAAAAUUUUGUGCGCUGGAGGCUUUCCGUAUGAGUUUCGCCAAAUUUCGGAUACUUUGGUUGGACGUUAUCACAUUGGCGGUGGACUCCUUGGAGGACAGUAUAUAGGAAAAAGUGAGGAUCUGAGAACAUCUUGGGAUCUUUUUCCAAGAAAAUUCUCUGAAUUUGACCACCCAAUGCUCGAGACGUUCACGAAUCCCCCCAACUCGGCUCUACUCCGCAAUCCGAUGAUGUGUCGAUAUUUCUUUCCUGAAGAAGUGCAAGAUUUGCUGGAAGGAGAACUAGCUUUUUCAAAGUCGAAUGGAAUAACUCACGAAAUUCCCCCACUCUCAGCCGAAUCUGAUGUCUUCAUCUUUGCCUGGAAAUACCUCAUCAUAAUUGGGGACAAGCAUGCUAGGAGACUGGUGAAGAAGUAUACAUCCUACAAAGACAUGGCCCCAGACCUUAUCAAGUUUUUCCCCAUGUUAGAUCCACAAGAAGUGCUAAAGGCAUGUGAAGCGUGGAGUGAGUUUGAAGUCGUUGUCACUGCUUACGAUUCCAUUUUAUGAAAAUAUGUCCUGUGAGUGAAAAUAUGCUUUAUAACAUGUGAUAAUAAAGUAAAUACGUACUGUCUGGCUAGACGAAGAAAUAUAUGCAAUUGUCACAGCUAGCGAAUCAUCCGAUGAUACGUAUGUAAAGUAGUUUUUGCCUGAUGUGAUCUAGAAAUGUCGUUGCUUGUCAUAUUAAUUUUUGUCAAGUUUCUCGCCCAUUUGAGUAACAAAUGUAAUAAACGUCUUGGAGAGGUAA